AUGAAUAUCACAGGUUUGUACUUGAGUGGCAACAAAAUUGAUGGUUCUUUCCUUGAUUGCUCUGCUAAUGGAACUUCACCACUUGAGUCAUUGGACAUAUCUGAUAAUCAUGUCAAAGGCUCUCUUCCAGAAAAUAUUGGAUAUCUUCUUCCAAGCUUAAUUCGUGUUGACGUUUCCUCAAAUGCAUCAGAAGGAACACUACAGCAAAGUUUGACUAGAACUGGCACGCGACUUAUGUUGUUAGAUUUAUCAAACAACAAAUUGCAAGGACAAGUGCUCCCAAAGGACGUGAACAUGACAAUGUUGAGGAUCUUACGUCUUAGUAGCAAUCACUUCGAAGGAGUAAUCUCCCCCACCAUAUUAAACAGUCCAUAUUUACUAGUCCUAGAUUUUCGAGAUAAUGACUUGUCCAAUAAUAUUCCAGAGUGGUUGUAUGAUCAUUCUUGCUUGGUAGCACUUAUUUUAAGUGGAAAUCGCUUUGAAGGUCACUUAACUCGAAGACUGUGUCGGAUGAAAACACUACAAGCUUUUGUUGUCUCUCACAAUCGUCUUUCAGGAGGUAUUCCCUCUUGCCUUGAUAAUAUUACUUUCUGGAACAAGAGUUCUCCAAGCCUUACUUAUUGGAAUUACCAUAUCAAUAAACUAGUUCUACAGUAUCCCUACCUAUUUAGAGAUGAUUAUAUUCCGUUUUUCAUACCAUUGGAAACUCAAAUGUCUUUGUUCAUAAAAAAUAGGUUAUAUACUUUCAAAGGUUUCCCUCUCUUGAUAAUGAUCACAAUUGACCUGUCAUCUAACCAGUUGAUAGGUAGCAUUCCUUCUGAAUUGAGAGAAUUGUCACAGCUUCGGUUCUUGAACUUGUUGAAUAACUCUCUAAGAGGUUCCAUUCCAAUCUCUUUUCAAAACUUGAGAAGCAUGGAGAGUUUGGAUCUCUCUCAUAACAAGUUGAGUGGGACAAUUCCUUCUGAAUUGGUUGGACUCACUUCUGUAUCUGCAUUUAGUGUUGCCUACAACAAUUUGUCAGGAAGAAUCCCAUUUGAGCGUCAAUUCUCUACUUUCACAAACCAAUGCUAUGAGGGUAAUCCAGAACUCUAUGGAGACCCUUUGCCAAGAAAAUGCUCAACCACAAACCAAUCAGAACCUGAAGAAAAACAAGGAAUUAGAAUAAUUGAUCACCCUAAUUUCUUCUUCUAUGCAUUUGUAACUGUGUCGACGAUUUGCGUGUGCCUCAUGGCUGCCGCCGGGGGUCCCCCUGGGCCUUCAGUGCCUUCAGGACGGUUGAGGACGUUCGCCGACAUGGUGGCACAACCGCCACAGCCCUUGCCGGAGGUGGAGAUUCCGUUCCGUCCGGCUAAAGUGAUAGAUGGUGAGUUUUGGGUGAUUUUUUCCAAAGAUGAAAUUGAGAGAUCGGUUUCUCCUUUCCGAUUUGCCAUGGUUCUUAAAUUCCUCAAGCAAUGUCCUUCUCUUGAUGUGAUUCAGGCAUUCAUACGAAGUAGAUGGGGUUUGGACUUGCAGCCAGUGGUUUCAGCGAUGCGCAGGGCUCGUAAUGUUUUUGUGCAUUUUUCAAAUGAAGGGAUUUUGUGA